CAGCAUCCAUACAUCUACUCCUCCGCUACCUAGGUACACUCUUCUACUCUGUUUCUUGACAUCAAAAUCAAUCAAAGAUGUUCUACAAAUCUGCCGACCGCAUCAUAUUGGAAGACAACCAUAUCCUCUCGUGCCGCUGCCGCGACAAAGACGGGCAAAUGAAAUACGCCCGCUUCGACCUGAACACAUGUAUCGGGAAUAACAACGGCCGCUUCCAUUGGAACGGACACGACUUCACAAGCAGCGCGUCGCAGAUCCAUCUGACUCUCGAGGGAAACGACCGCGCGCCGAUUCUGCACGCGCAGCUGAAUGAUCGGCAUGGGAGCCAGCAGUCUGCGUCGUUGAACCUGGGCGACUGUCUCAAGAAUGUCAAUGGGAAGUUGGAAUAUAUGGAGUGCUGGUAGAAACGACUUUGAAUAUACAAAGUUAUAUAAAGUUACUAGGUCUCUU